GCGCGCAGCGGUCACGUGGGUCCAUGCCGGAAGCACGCCCCUAGUUUGCCAAGCAACGGCAGGCCCCUCCUCCUCCCUACAGUCCCUGUCUCCCUAUGGAAAAGUUGGCCCCUGCUCGCCCACCGCCUGAGAUCAGAAAGCUGCGUGCCCGUGAGUGUGAGAGCCCAUCUGGACUUUCACCACCAGAGAUGGCCUCAAAGGCGUCAACAUCAGACACUGCUGUGUCUUGGUAUUCUCAUCCAAUAUAUGCAAGAUACUGGCAACAUUAUCAUCAUGCAAUGACUUGGAUGCGAAAGCACCAGAUGGCUUACAGGAAGGCCAUGGGAGCCUACUAUGGUUUCCCAUGGUACUUGGAAAAUACACACCAAAGCUCUUACAAUAACAAUGCUGGGUAUCCUUGGUCCUAUUAUGACCAUCACAGGACCUGGAUGAACUACAGUAGCUAUUCCCAUUACAAAAGGUCUGGGCAGCCUGUACCUGACAGUGGUAGGAUCCAGCCCCCAACAAGAGAAGACCAAGCUUUGUUGGAAGAGGAGGAGGUUGAGGUAGAAUCGGAUGACGAGAUAGAAUAUGACCUGAGCAAUAUGGAAAUCACCGACGAGCUCCGCCAGUACUUUGCAGAGACAGAGAGGCACAGGGAAGAACGACGGCGGCAGCAGCAGCUGGAGGCAGAGCGCCUGAAUGAAUAUGUGAAUGCUGACCAUGACCUGUACUACAACAACCGCCGGACCAUAGAGCCCCCAACCGAGAGGCCAGAUGAGCGGCGCCAAGCCGAGAUGAAGCGCCUGUAUGGGAACAGUGCUGCCAAGAUCCUGGCCAUGGAGACUGCAGUACAGCUGAGCUUUGACAAGCACUGUGACAGAAAGCAUCCCAAAUACUGGCCUGUUAUCCCUCUGAAAUUCUGAGUCCUGGGAACAGGGCUCUGAGGGAAUGCCUCUGAACAGUCCCCAGCCUCACCUCUUCCUUUUUGAAUAAACUCUGUUCAUCUCU